GUAAGAGGGAAUGGGCUUGCAGGGAACGAUUGUCUGAGAAUCUGUAAAAGAGAAAGCGAAAGAUGACUCAAAGACAAGGUACUUUGAAUCCUUUUAUAUGUGAUGAUGAUAAUGGUGAUGGUGAUAAGAAAAGGAUUCAUCACUGCUAGAGGAGAAAGAGAGAGAGACAGACAGACAGACAGAGAAGGGAGUGAAGGAAAAAAAGAAGAGAAUGGCUCCCAUUGGAUUACCUCCUGGUUUUAGGUUCCAUCCAACUGAUGAAGAACUUGUGAAUUAUUAUCUCAAGAGGAAGGUCCAUGGCCUUCAGAUUGAACUCGACAUUAUCCCCGAAAUCGAUUUAUACAAAUGUGAGCCUUGGGAGUUAGCAGACAAGUCAUUCUUACCAAGUAGAGAUCCAGAGUGGUAUUUUUUUGGACCCCGGGAUCGAAAAUACCCAAAUGGGUUCAGAACAAACCGAGCAACUAGAGCUGGAUACUGGAAGUCUACAGGGAAGGAUAGGAAGGUGACUUAUCAGAAUAGAGCCAUUGGAAUGAAGAAGACAUUAGUCUAUUACAGAGGCCGAGCUCCUCAAGGGACGAGAACAGAUUGGGUGAUGCAUGAAUAUCGCUUAGAUGACAAAGACUGUGAAGACACUAUGGGAAUUCAGGUUGAUACUUAUGCUUUAUGCCGUGUUUUCAAGAAGAAUGGAAUAUGUAGUGAAAUCGAAGAGCAAGGGAGAAGCAAUUUAUCAAUGGUUGAGAGUAGUUCUCAAGGGAUAAUCAAUGAUUAUGAAACUAUGUCACCAGAUGUGCCAACUGGAUCAUCAUCAUGCAUUGAAGAUGAAGAUAAAGAUGAAGAAUGGAUGCAGUUCAUCACAGAAGACGUAUGGUGUUCAUCUAACUCCAAUAUAGGUAGCCAAGAUGCAUCAUAUGUUGGAUUCUCAAAUUGAAGUUAGUGUAUUGGAAAAUGGGUAGAGAAUCACAAAAUUGGAUUUAAUUUGUAGAUUUCUUAAUUGUUUAUUUGUAUGUAUUUCCUCUGUGAGGGUUGUGACCUGCAGUUUUAUGGAAAUUCAUUAAUACAGUAUGAUUCUAUGGGUUUGGAUUUUCGUCUCUAUGUAAGGUUG